AUGAUGAGAAAAGUGUGGGGCAGUAGUAAUGGUGCACUGAGGACGUUAUGCAUUCUGCUGCUGCUUGCUGCUUGCGUGGUGCGCGACGCUGGUGGCACUCCGGCCGAUCUGGACAACGAAUUUGCCGAGUUUGAGGAUAUGGAAGAAAUCAACGAGGAGGACGACCUCCUCACAAAACCGCUCACCGAGCAGCAGCUGCCCGUCAAAACAGCCCCUCCCCGCAACAAGUUCGGCGACGAGGAGGAAGUGGAAUUCUCAAAAAUCACCAAAAAAGAUGAGCCGGAACGCAGCGAACGAAAAGCACCGCAACAGCUUCGAUUUGCCGAUGUGAGUGUAUUUCCAAAUUCACGAAAAUUUCUUUUAUGA